AUGGGUUUCCGGUUGCCUGGUAUUGUACAUGCUAAGAAAAACCAAGCACCUUCAAAGUCCUUAGAUGUCCCUAAAGGCUAUUUUGCAGUCUAUGUUGGGGAGAGCAAGAAGAAGCGGUUUGUGAUCCCAGUAUCAUACUUGAACCAGUCCUCUUUCCAAGAUUUGUUAAGUCUAGCAGAAGAAGAAUUUGGGUAUGAUCAUCCAAUGGGCGGUAUUACAAUCCCCUUUUUGGUCUUGUUAUUUAGAAAUUUCAAAACAAUGGGCUUCCGGUUGCCUGGCAUUGUACAUGCUAAGAAAAACAAAGCACCUUCAAAGUCCUUGGAUGUUCCUAAAGGCUACUUUGCAGUCUAUGUUGGGGAGGGUGAAAAGAAGCGGUUUGUGAUUCCAGUUUCAUACUUGAACCAACCGUCAUUUCAAGAUUUGUUAACUCGAGCUGAAGAUGAAUUCGGAUAUGAUCAUCCAAUGGGUGCUAUCACAAUCCCCUGCAGUGAAAACACUUUCCUUGAUCUCACCUCAAGCUUUGGUGUGUGAGCCCAGGCUCAAAUUCUGCAUAGACACAAUGCUGACGCCUUUGGCUGCAGCUGUACAAGGGCCAAUUAAUUCUCUCACAGAUAAAUUUUGGGUCGAAAUUCGCUUGCCAACUCAUCCUUCAGGAGACGCUAAAACUGGCUGAACUCAAGGAAGGUCUUGGAUUGAGAAUCAACUGAAUGAUAUGAUGAUAUCCUUCAUUGGAAGGGGUCCUCUUCCAUCCAAGGAAAAGAGGCCUUCAGUAAUUCACGGGUUAGAACUUCAAACUACUUGUGAGCUGAGGAAAAAAAAAAUGCCAGCCCAGCGGACGUAAAUUCAGCGACACUGAUUUUCAAGAAUCAUAUUGCUCUACUUUAAAGAUGGCAAGAUUCUUUAAUGUCAACCCCGUGUAUCUAAUUGUCCUGCAAGGAAAAUUGAGAUCAAAAUACUUGACAUUAAUGUGAA